AUUGCUCUCGCGUCUGCCCCCGCGGAGCGAGGGCGUGCGGGGCAGCGGCGGGGGGUGGGAUCGCCGCGACGCCCGGCGGUAACGGCGGCGGGGCUUUCCCUUCUCCUUUCCUCUUCCUCCCAGUGAUUCCUGCUGAAAUGCGGUGCCCCGCUCUGGCAUGAGCUUCCCCCGCCCCGCGCCGGGAGGAGCGCUCCCAGGGCAGCGCCGCUUUCCCCGCCCGCAGAAAGCGCUGUCGCCGCGGAGCCGCCGCUCUCAGCAUCGCUCGGGACGCCAGGAGUCUUUACCUACCACCCUGUUUGCCAAGCUGAGCAUCCCUGCUAACUUGUUGUGUGCGGCAGGUUUAGCACGCUGGAAGCAUGGCUACAAGUGCUGUUCCCAGCGAAAACCUCCCCACAUACAAGCUGGUGGUGGUUGGAGAUGGUGGUGUGGGGAAGAGCGCUCUCACCAUUCAGUUUUUCCAGAAGAUUUUCGUGCCAGACUAUGACCCGACUAUUGAAGACUCUUACCUGAAACACACGGAAAUAGAUGGGCAGUGGGCAAUCCUUGAUGUUCUGGAUACUGCGGGCCAAGAGGAAUUCAGUGCAAUGCGGGAGCAGUACAUGAGGACUGGAGAUGGUUUCCUUAUAGUCUACUCGGUGACGGACAAGGCUAGCUUUGAGCAUGUGGACCGGUUCCACCAGCUGAUACUUAGAGUCAAGGACAGAGAGUCGUUUCCAAUGAUUCUGGUGGCGAACAAAGUUGAUUUAAUGCAUUUACGGAAAAUCACAAGAGAACAGGGAAGAGAAAUGGCAACAAAACAUAAUAUUCCCUAUAUAGAAACAAGCGCUAAGGACCCACCUCUAAAUGUUGACAAGGCCUUCCAUGAUCUUGUGAGGGUAAUAAGGCAACAGAUCCCAGAGAAAAGCCAGAAGAAGAAGAAAAAGACCAAAUGGCGAGGGGACAGAGCCACGGGCUCCCACAAACUCCAGUGUGUGAUUUUGUGACAGGACUGCCUGGGAGUGCCUUGGACGCCUUCUUUCCCCCACCCUUGACCCACUGCCAACCCAGGCGAGGGGCAGCAGCGUGAUGCCCAUGCGGCCUUGCCACCCCCAGGGGCUCCCCCCCCACGGCUUGGGCGCAGAGAAGGCAUCUCAAUGGGGUCAGGACCACCCCUGGAGGGGAGAUGUCUGCUGGGGCCAGCGUGGGAGCUGUGCAAACGGGAGGUGGAAAGGAUCAACAGGACCUCAACUCUCGAACAUCCCCAGCACCUUCCAGGGGCCUCCACGGUGUUUAUUUAAAAAAAAAAAAAAAAGAAAAAAACGUGUUGGUUUUAUCUGCUAACAUUUCUCCUUGUGACCUAUUUCUGAACAACCAUGAAUACCCCCCUGUUUGGUACAGUUGUCUGUGUAUGUGUGGGGGAAGAGAAAGGGCUUUUCUUUCUCUAAUUUUUUUUUCGUUUUGUCCUCUUCUCCUUUUUCGUUGUUUGCUCAGCAAGUGUUGGGUUGCAAAGAAACACGGCCGGGGUUAGAUUUUUUGCACUGAACUCUCUCUUACGCAGCAGUGCCAAAACACGACUUCAUAUGAAAGUGCAUAGAUGUGGAGGAAGAAAAUGAAUUCCAGCUGCUCUGGGUGCUCCAGACAUUGUGUCAGACUCUGGAGGGCAGCCAGCUCACAGACCAUAAACUCCAGCUUAGGAAAGGAGGCUUGGGCUUGGAUUAAUUUUUUUUUUUCUUAGCCUUUGUCAAGAGCUUUUGUUUCUGUUUUGUAAUUUGGGGCAUGUCAAAGUUAAGACAUUUUGUUAACCUGAAAGUAUUUAAAUUAAAGUAAUUUACAAAUGCAAGGGUAUGUCAUCUUUAAGGGGGGAAAGAAAAGAGAGGAAGUAAAAUAUAAACUGAAUUUGUUAUCUGGGUGUUGAAUUUCUCCCUCAUAAAUGUGUGUAAAGUGGUGUGAUCUGAAUCCCUCUUUAUUAUUCCUUAACCUUUCCCUGCAAAACCACUCUUGGGGAGAUGAAUUGUUUUGCUUUUCCCAGGCUCAUCUUGGACACACAAAACCAAUCUGUUUAUAGGCUUUGGCUCAGUGUUCUUCAUUUCUCCCUCACCCCCCUUCGCUGAGAGUCAGUGACUUGUAAGGAAGAGGUGUUUUGAAAUUUACACAAGUGGGACGUAUCUGUUCAUAAGCUUAGUAUAUCUAAAAUGUCUCCCUGAAAACCAUGGAGACUCAAUAUCUUUAUGCCUUAUGAAAGGGCGAGGCAAAAGACCUGCAGCCAUUCAGCCAUCGUCUGUGGCACCAGUUGUGCACAUCCUGGAGGGGCCACUUUCUCUCACACCUUUGUUGGUACUAAGAAUCACAGGGGCAUUUUUUUUUUUUUUAAUUUAGGUGUGUCAUCUGCUGGGCUGAAGCCAUCAGCUCUGUUCAUAAAGUCACCAAAACUCUUUAAAAGUAGCAACUUGCUUUUCAUCAGCUUGAAUCCCAUUCAAAUGUGCUUCAUGGGCAUGACUUAAAAUAUUGGCAGAGUGUGAAUGCCUGAGAUGUGUGUGUCUGAGCACAGAAAAUCAUGGUAUUGGCUGUUGAAGAGCCAUUCAAAAUGGUGGAUCAUCACGGACUUAAUUGUUUAUAUUUGCAAUCCAUUUGCCGCUGGAUUUCAUUUCUUGACUCUUUGCCUGGCCACCUUGUGAAAUGGGAGUUGGCUGCUGUUUAUUUUCAGGUGAGUGCUGCUAAUGAAAACAUUUUCUUAAUUUGUCCAGUCUUCAUCACAGCAAGAAGAUGGCAAAUGUCUGUGGCUGGCUCAGCAAGCUGCCUACUGAAACACUGGCUCCACUGCCUCCGUCCCCUUUCGUGUGAUGACAGAUGCUGGGGCUGGAUGAAGGAGGUGGAUAUUGGGAAGAAAUAUUUUUCAUUGACUUUUGCCUUGGAUGCGGGCCACAUGCUUCAGUAAAGUUGCAACACCCUGUGUCGACUGAGAUCUGGCUCCAGAUUGUUGUAUUAUUUCUCCCACUAUAUUUGUUUCCUUGUUGGCUGGCUUAACUGUAGUGACCAAAACCAUCCAGGUCAAAUCCUGGCUUUUGGGACUUGCCCCUGUCUUCUAGUGGUGAAGAGCUCCCUGCAGACAUCUCAUUUGUUCUGUCUUGAAAACCUCUAGUAAAUUGGAAGGUGUCCGAUGCGUGCAACCAACUCAAUUUGCUGUUCCCCCCGUUACCGCUUUCCUGCCAGAAUCCCUGUUAAGCCUGGCUUAUUUUUUUUUAAAUUAUACAUACCUAAUGCUAUGGGAUCCCCCACAGAAGAUGACGGCAUUUUCAGGGAGCCCUGAGAGCCCUUCCCCUUAAAAAUAACCUGAAUUCUGCUGAAACCCCUCAUCUUUAUUAUUUUUAUCUGAAUACUUGCCUGAAAACAGCAUGUGUGUAUCUUGAAUCACAUCUUCUGCGUACUGAUCACUGCAUGUGAGAAAUUAUCUGCUGUUUCUGAAGCAUUUCAAUUAUUUCUUGAGCUUCUUCAGUUAUGGAUACUGCAGAAAAACGGGGAGGAAGGGAAAGGGGCAGAUUAAUGACUGAAUAUGGACAGGUAGUGGCAAAUGUGGAAAGCGUGCCUAUUUUCUUCUAUGUUCAUUAACUCGUUUAUAGCAAGGAGUAUUUUCCAACAGGUAUUGCAUCUCCAACACAUCUAGGGUGCUCAAAAUAGUCAAGGGGCACCAAGUCUAUUACUAUCUAACUCGCCCUUCAUAUUCAGGGCUGUUAGCAAGACGAGAGCACCUUCCCUGCCUUAUGCAGGACGCAGAGGCCUGGGUGGUCUCUAGGUCAUGGUACGAUGACACUGGUUCAUGGUACUUACGCUGCAGAAAGCACUAACCACGCUGGUGAGUGGCUUAUUUUUUUUCUAUGGAGCAUCCAAUGGAAGGUGAUUUUUGCUACAGUCAGAGACAGUCCAGAGAAGGAUCCUCUAAAGGGUGCACUUAGAGCUCAUUUUCCAAAGAGCUGAUUAUCCAACAUCAUCUUCAGCCCCCAGGCAAAUCUGCAUUCACUUGUGUCGCAGCAAACUGCUCCCUCUUCUGCUAAACAGGAAUUCAGAAAGGAGAGCA